UCUCCUAAAAUCACAUAACAAAAGAAGAAAAAAUCAAAACAACAAAAAUGGAUUAAAAUGGAUUUUUUAUUUAAAAAUAUUUCCUAAAAAUUAAACAAAAAUUGUUUAAACAAACAAAAGAUUCUUAUGUAUAAAUAGUUGGUUUAUUCAUACAAAAUGAGAGUCACCAAAUACUUUGAAUCAUUUAUGCGAAAAAACAAAAACACCGCCGACGAACAUUGGUGCACUUAUUUGUUCUUUUGCGUACUUCGAAUAGUUUUGGUUUUUAUUCCACAACUUGGUUACGUUCAUCCAGAUGAGUUUUUUCAAUCUACAGAAAUAUUUAUUGGAGAACAUUUCCAACUCGAACACAUUCGCAGUUGGGAAUACAACAGUACAUUCCCACUACGCAGCGUUGCAGUCUCCCAAUUGACACUCAAAUUACCUCUGAAUCUUCUCGAAAUACUCGCUGUCAAUCUUCGAGGAUUCUUUGGAAUUGACAUCAUCUGCAGUUACACCUACCUCGUCUUUCCUCGACUCGUUAUGUGCGCUCUGUCGUUUGUCAACGAUUGGAGUCUGUAUAAGGUUUGUCAAUUAUACAAUCUUCGUUAUGAAAUCCGUCUCUUAGCUCUAGGAAGCUCUCACAUUAUGUUGAUAUUUGGCACACGGACAUUUUCAAAUUCCAUUGAAAUGGCUAUAACAUCCGUCCUUUUGUAUCUCGUCGCCGAAUGCAUGAUUCAUUCCAAUACUGUGAUUUACAAAAGAGAAUUCCUGGAAGAACGUUAUGAAAAAGCCGAUUCCAUUGGAGAGAAAGUAAAGAUUUGGAAACUUAAAAAUGCUCUUCCUACCCACAAUUAUAACCGCCUCUUGCUAAUGUCAACUCUCUGCGUGGCUGGAGUCUUUAAUCGACCGACGUUUCUGCUCUUUGGAGCUCCAAUGGUAUUUUAUUGGAUGCUCCGAGGAAUGGGCACAAAAUCGGUUAGCUUUAAGCACUUUAACAUGCGAAUGGGUUUAUUUUGCCUUUCAGCUAUUCCUGCGAUAUUGCUUUUUACACUUAUCGAUUCAUUUUACUACAAGUACCUGACACUUGGCGAAAUUCAUAUGUUUCAAGUUAGCAUUAAUAAUUUCGUUUUUACUCCAUGGAACUUUAUUAAAUACAACAUCGAUUCAGAUAAGACUGCUCAACAUGGAUUGCAUCCUCGGUAUAUCCAUUUGCUGGUUAAUAUUCCUCUGCUUUACAAUGUUUUGGGGGUGAUUACUUUGGUUGCUUUUGGUCAGCAGAUGUUGCGAUUCUUUAAAGCUGAAUAUCAGGGUUUGCCUAGAGCUCAAUCGAUUGUUGGUCUUAUGUCGGCAUCGAUCUUUGCGCCGGUAUUCUUUAUGUCGCUUAUUAAUCAUCAAGAGCCUCGUUUUUUGAUUCCAUUUACAUUCCCAAUAAUUCUCCUUCAUUCACCGAAAUUGGUAACUGGCUUUUGUACAGCUUAUCCGUUUAAAGAAGAUCAUCCGUUUCUUCGGUUUUUCUACGAGAAGUUCCUUUGCAGUCGAGCGAGUGCCAAGUAUCUUUUGAAAACUUGGUAUACCCUGAACAUAGCUUUGCUUAUUUUCUUCGGUUUUCUUCAUCAAUCUGGUGUAUUUCCUCUGACACAGCAUUUUGAAACUGCAAUGCAGAAUAAAGCACCUGAUGUAAAUCUACAUUUGAUCACCUCUCAUGUAUAUAGCUUCCCAUUGAGCUUUGUCAACAUUCCGAGUACUGGAUUGACUCGAGUAAAUCGACGAACUGGACAAAAGUAUCGUUAUAGAAAGGAUUUUUAUCUUUACGAAUAUGGAAGUACUGAUUUGUACAAGUUGAUACUCAAAUUGAAAAUUAUCAUCAAUCACUGUGAGACCAAACAGAGAUUACAGAAAUUAAGAUAUCAUGUUUAUUUGGCGAUUCCAGCAAGUUUGACUGAUCAACUGAAUCAAGUUGUCUAUAAAUCUAAUAUGACUUCAAUUGAUUAUGAAUUGACAAAAGUCUUUUAUCCACAUUUAUCAACUGAAGCAUUACCAAAUCCAUUUGGUAGACAUCCGUGUGAUGUGAAUACACCGAAAGAUGAUUUGAAAGGAACCUGUCAAGUGUUCGAUGGAAGAGAGGAUUUUCUAUCGGUUGCUUAUUUGAGUAGGCAAUUUUCGGCAUUUGUUCAUCAAUUUGGAUUGUCAUUGUAUAGAUUUGAAUUGAAACGGAAAUCAAAAUCAUCGGCAAUGGUGUAGGUUAUUAAGAAUCUAUGUAACCAGGAGAAGCAAUUAACAAAAAAAAAGUCUCUAGUCUGUAAAUUAAGGAAAUAAGAAAUGUAUAACGUUCGCACUUACGCUUUUUU